CUACAAACCAUCAAUAUGGAAUUGUGCAAGAUUUCAUCAGUCCUGAUUUCUCUCGUAGCCUUAUCCCUGCUCCAUUCCAUUUUUGCGCAAGACUCAAUCAAAGACUACCUGAACGGCCACAACUUUGCUCGAGCGGCGGUAGGUAACGGGCCCAUGGUGUGGGAUGAUGAACUAGCGCGUUUUGCUCAAGACUAUGCUGCAAAACACACUCAUGACUGCCAACUUGUCCACUCCGGUUAUAAAUACGGUGAAAACCUUGCCAUGAGUUGGGGUGAGAUGUUCGGCUUAGAUGCUGUGAGCAUGUGGGUGGGGGAGAAGCCGAAUUACGAUUACAACUCGAAUUCUUGCGUUGGUGGCGAAUGUGGACAUUAUUUGCAGGUCAUUUGGAACACCUCGACUCAUCUGGGGUGUGCCAAAGCAAGGUGCAACAAUGGGGGUACUUGGAUUGGGUGCAACUAUAAUCCCCCGCCAAGUGGGGAUAGGCCUUAUAAUCCCCCGCCACGUGGAGAUAGGCCUUACUAA